AUGAAGUUGACCCCGUUGAAGAUUCCUGGCAAGCGCUGCCAGAAGGACGAUAACAACCCUGUCGCUGUCACGCCACGCAAGAGAGCUAAGUUAAAGUCCAAGUCGAAGUCACACCUCCAGAAGUCCGCUGAGGAAAAUGCAUCUUACCUUGAACUCAUGCCGCUGGAGAUAGUCGAGCGUAUCUUUUGGUUGAGUGAGAAUGUGAAUCUUCCCCGUGCUAGUCCUCGGAUUGGACGCCUUUUGUCGGGAUCAUUUACUCGACAAGAGACUUUCAUCAUCGCUUUCGAGCCUACUUGGGAUGCCUGCCUUGGUAUCUCUGCUCUUCUGGAAUUUUCCUGGGUCGAUAUUUCCUUCAUCCUAAGUUGUUGGGACCGUUAUAUUGUACGACGUGCGAAGCAGCUACGCCUAGACAGCCAUGCUUCCAUAAACUUGCGAUUCCAACUAGGUCAACACACGCCGCCAGUAAACGCUCUCCAGACUACGGGGGAGAGUAGUGUAGCGGGUACCAGCGACAACUUCUGGGCGGACUACCGCCUAUUCCGGGACCUGGAGACAUGGGAAGGGGAUCAUCGGCGCGUUCAUGUCGGCCAUCAAUUAGAGCUAUUCACAGCAAGCACACUUUACCAGGUCAACGCAAACACUCGAAUUCCAGAUAAGCUUCUCUGCUCGGCUAAAAGUGAAACGGACCUUCAGAAGUUGUUCUGGUUGGUCCGAGGUGGUGCCAGCUUGGCUCCUGACCAAAACUGGGAAUGUACUCAGGAGGCAUUCCGCAACGCGUUCCCCGAGGGUAUGCGCACGUGUGGCCAGCUCAGCUACGCCCUGAUGGGAAUACAUUUCAUGUUGGGAACAGCACAAGGCUGGCCCGCCCAUGUAUUUUCCGAGGCGAUAGCAGCACUCAACGACCUUGAAACGAACUCUCAGUUGGGUGUCCUUCGUCGUUUCAGGUACCACUUAGAAAUACUUCAGGAGUCUAAGCAGCGACUUAGAAAUACUUCAGGAGUCUAA